CCCUCCUUCCAGAGUGUCUCUAUCUAGACGAUAGACAUAUACACAAAUGCAUUCAUACACAUUUAUCUAGACGAUAGACAUAUACACAAAUGCAUUCAUACACAUUUAUCUCCGAUCGAGUGGUGGUUGAUAUGGAUUUUGUUGGAGAGGAAUUGACGGCGAUUUAAACGUGUCAGAUUUCUUUGUCUGAAUGAGGGCUCCUCGUAUUCCUUAUUACUACACAUUUAUCUUCUUCUCUCACUCUUGACUUUCUUUGUUUUUUUAAUUUUCUUCGUUGUCUAACUUUCAAUCCCACAAAACAAACGCCCUUCUCUUCAUCUUGAUUCCGGAGAGGGGCGCUGGAAAACAAAGCAGAAGGCACUCUUCAUCACUUUGUAUAAGGCUAGGAUGAAAAGUUAAAAACCAAUGUAGAUUUUCGGAUGCAGAUCUUGGGGACUAGCGAUGCUACUACUCUGAAUUACUGGUUAAACUUGAGGGUCUUGAUCUGUGCAAUAUGGGUCUUGACACCCAUGUUUAUAGGCUUAUAUAUGAUAUGGAAAUAUGAAUGUUUAGAUUGUUCAGAAUCUGAGAAAAUAACUCAGCAAGAGAGAAGUGGGUUUUUAUAUCAUGAUGAAGCUUGGAGGCCAUGCCUGAAAGAAAUUCACCCAGUCUGGUUGUUGGUUUUCCGAGUUAUUGCUUUUUUUCUGCUUUUAGGGACUAUCAUUGCUGAUGUCGUUGUUCAUGGAUGUUCCAUAUUAUACUACUAUACUCAGUGGACUUUUAUUUUGGUCACCAUCUAUUUUGGGUUCGGAUCACUGCUUUCCAUUUAUGGAUGUUAUCAGAAUAACAAGAUGUGUAUGGCCUCUAAUGGUCAUUAUGUGGGAAUAGAUGCAGAGCAAGGAUUAUCUGUGCCUCUCACAUACAGGGAAACUGCAUAUAGAGUUAGAGUAGAAAAAAACUCGAAUCAUCAGGAGAAGAAUGGUGAUGUCCCGAUGAUAGGCAUCCUGUGUCAUGCCUUUCAAGUUAUUUUCCAGGUGAGUGCUGGGGCCGUGAUGCUGACUGAUUGUGUUUAUUGGUUCGUAAUAUUUCCUUUUCUAACCAUCAAAGAUUACGAUAUGAACAGUUUAACAAUUCUUACACAUACACUCAAUGCCGUAUUGCUCCUUGGUGAUACAGCAUUAAAUUGCUUGCGGUUCCCCUGGUUCCGGAUUUCUUACUUUACGUUGUGGACCGGUGUAUAUGUCAUCUUCCAGUGGAUUGUUCACGCCUGUAUCCCACUUUGGUGGCCAUACCCAUUUCUUGACUUAUCGAUGCCUAAUGCACCCAUUUGGUACUUGUUGGUGGCAUUGAUGCAUAUUCCUUGCUAUGGUGCCUUUGCAUUAAUUAUGAAAUUAAAACACUGCCUCUUGUCCAGAUGGUUCCCUCAAUCAUACCAGUCUUUGAGAUAAAAUGUUUCUUGCGGAGAAUACAGACUAGCAGGAAGUGUUCAUUUGAUGUUUAUGUUCUUCUCUUUGGCAAUCUGAGGAAGAUGAAGCGGGGAGAUAUUGUAACCAGUCGAAGCGAAGAAAGGAUGUUUUUUUUAUUUAUUUACUUUUGUUUUUUUUCUUUCUACUUAUAUAUUUAAUUUAUUUUGGGGGGUUGUGAAGUGGUUGGCUCCCUGGUCGAUGAGGUGCCCCUUACCAAGUGUAAUGCUCGUGUUUGAGUUUCACUGUUGCGAUUGAAAAAGAAGUGGUUGCUCCAUUGUUUUGUUACCCCUAUUUUGUUUGGAUCAAUAAUAGUUAAAAUUUUCAUAUGAAUGGGUC